CUGCUUUUAAUGGCCAUUCAUCUGUUCAAGAAUCCAGAUGAAACAAUGGAACUUCUGAGUGACCUUCUGGACUGCACAGAGAGGGCCUUUAGCAAGGAACCCAAGAAAACAAACACUGAGAACUUGGAGCCAGGAUGGGUUGAGGUGAUUGUGGAAAUCCUUCUCUCUCUGCUUGCCCAGCCCAGCCUGCUCAUACGUCGGAUCUCCAAGAGUGUGUUUGGAAGGAUAUGUCCUAAUCUGACCAAGAGAGGCCUGCAGCUGAUCUUGGAUGUUCUUGACCCGUACCAAGAUCAGGAUGAAGAGAGUGCAGUUGUUGUGAUGGAAGAAUCGGACAAGAAGACCAAAGCUUCACUAGAGGGCACG